AUGAUGUGUUCUCCUAUGAAAGCUCAGAUUUGGACUGGUGUGAGGCGAACUACAGGCACUCUGAAGUACACUAUGAGCAGUCUGUUCUUCUUUGUGAUCUCCCCCAUCAUGCUGUACCUGCUGCACCCCUACGCCAGGGAGAGGAACCUGGCUGUACACCUGGUCUGGAUCAUGAUGAUCUUUGUGGGUCUCUUCUCUGCCUACUUCCACAUGACUCUGAGCUUCAUGGGCCAGAUGCUGGAUGAGCAGUCCAUCCUGUGGGUGCUGGGGCUCUGCUACGCCCUCUGGUUCUCACGCAGGGGAACAAACGGCAGGCCCACCCUGUGCUCCUUUGUCAAACCCACUGCCAACGCCUACGUCCUCAACUGCCUUGCCCUCUACAUCACCUACUCAUUGGGUCUGGAGAUGAGGAUAAUCAUCAACAGACUGACAUGUGUCUAUUCACCAUCUAGGCACAUUCUGAUUGUGAUUGCUGUAGCCUACGCAAGCACCCUGAUAGCCUACUUGGAUGCCAACUAUGAGAUACCUUACUCCCUGCCAGGCCUUCAGUACUGGCCCAGUGACAACUGUGUCCUGGGCUUGCCUUACAUCGUCCAGAAAGGAACCACCAAGACUCAGAAAAGAUGUUAGAGAACGUUCAACUUCUCCAAGAGACAACUUGAUGGCUUUGGUGAUGAAAUGUGCUAUGUAGUGCCGUGCAAGGAAAAGUGUCAAAUGCAGUGCCUUUCUUUUUACUUAGCAGUGACUCCGUUUUGAGAAAUGGUUGCAAUUCAUAAGAUUGCUCCUUAUUUGAUAUAUCAGAAUCAAUGCCACUCAGGUCAUCAACUUCGAUGUUUGCAUAUUCUGUUUGGUUUGCACUUGUUAAAGAAUUAAACAAGAGUUCAUGUGUGUAUGUUUUUCUAUGCAUUUUGUGUGAAUUGAUCAAUGCACUCAUCUGUUAUUUGCGUCCAUAUAUGCAUGGAUAUUCUCUGCACAUCAUGUUUUAUAAAACAAUUUUGUAUAUAUCUGUGUUUUGGUAUAAUAAUGUGAUUGUCUUUGUAGUGAUGAGAAUGGAGAUUAUUUCAACCCCAAAAAUACAGCUUUGAUUAGAUGUAGGGCUGAAUCACAACCACACCAUUUUAGGGGUAAAGGGCUUGUAUAGUGUGUUUAUAUAACCUACAACUUUACAUUUGUCAUCCUUUUCAGGGAUAAUAUCAUAUUAUGUGUGAUCUGAACUAAACUAAGUUUAAGACAUUUUAUACAACCACAUAAAUGUUUGUCUUGGUUCAGAGAUCUUAAGAUGUAUUCAUUUAAGUAUUGGUUAUCUCUCUCAGGUUUCUCAAAGUAUUUUAUGAUGUUAUUACAGAAAAUGUAAGGACCAUCUCAAGGUUUGUUAUGUGUGGGAUUCUACAUCUAUGAGAUCAAUUAAAUGUGUAUAUGAAUAAGAUUAACGGUUACUGAGUUAAACGCAUUGAUGAA